AUGUACAAUCUGAACAAUCGAAAACCAUACUUUUCACAGCCACAAUUUACAGCCAACAUUGAUGAACAUAGUCCUUAUUUAACUUCGGUUCGAUGGUUGAAUGGUCAGAAUCCAAGGGUAUCGGAUACAGAUUAUGGUUUAAAUGGAACAUUUAAGCUAAAAGCAAAUGAACCAACCAAUACAUUCAUCAUAUCGCCAAUGAUUGGCUAUAGAAAUCUUUCAUUUUUAUUGUUGGUUAAUGAUUCAAAUUCAUUGGAUUAUGAAAAAUAUCAUAAUCUUAGUAUUCAUCUAAGCGUACAAGAUACAUCCGAAGAACAGCCCCUUUCAUCGAAUGUAACAUGCAGAUCCAUAGAUAAUUAUCCUUAAUUCACUCAAAGUCGAUAUUAUAGUUCAAAAUAUGAAAAAGAUGCAGAUUCCGAUUCUACUUUUGUUUCAAAUGAUAAUGAUGAUUCAACAAUUUCGGAAUAUUUUUCCUGUGUCAGCAAUAAUGAUUCUGAUACUAAUUCAUCAGCGAUUUCGGAAUAUUUUUCACCCGAUAACAGUGAUGAUGAUAAUGAAUACUAA